AUGCUCUCCAAAAUUGCCGCUUACAUCAGAGGCCACGAAACGGUGCCUGGAGAGGCCAAGCUCCUGCGCAAGCUCGAUGCAGUGAUCCUCAGCUUCUGCUGUCUCUGUUAUUUCGUGAACUAUCUUGAUCGCACCAACCUGAAUAAUGCCUACGUCUCAGGGAUGCGGGAGGAGCUCGAUUUCCAAGGAAAUCAGCUAAAUCAGAUCAACACCAUCUUCACCGUCGGUUAUAUCGUAGGCCAGGUCCCGUCAAAUCUCGCCCUGACCUUCAUCAGUCCUCGACUGUUCUUCCCUGCCGUUAUGGUCAUCUGGGGCGGAUUGACUAUGAUCACGGCAGCGGUCUCCAAUCCGCAAGGUAUAAUGGCGAUCCGGUUUUUCCUGGGGCUGGCAGAGUCUAGCACCUUUGUCGGCACCCAUUACAUCCUGGGUUCCUGGUAUACGGAGAAAGAGCUGGGGAAGCGCAGCGGCAUCUUCACCGCGUCGGGCCUAGCAGGGACAAUGUUUGGAGGGUUCAUUCAGACGGGGAUCCAUUCAUCUAUGGACGGAAUGCAAGGGCUGUCCGGAUGGCGAUGGUUGUUCAUUAUUGACGGCCUGAUAACCAUCCCAAUUGCCAUAUACGGCUUCAUUGUUUUCCCCGACACGCCCACCACGACGAAAGCACGGUAUCUCACUGCAGAGGAGAAAGCUCUCGCCAUAGCACGAAUCCCUGAGUCUGGAACAGUCAAGGUACCUCUGAACUGGGCUUUCCUGAAGAGCGUGUUUCUCCAGUGGUACUGGUGGGCCUUUGUAGUACUGUGGAUUAUCGCCGGCGAGACCGAGUCAUUCUCGACGAAUGCACUGCUCGCUCUAUACCUACAGUCCCACCCGACAAACUCUUACACCGUCUCACAACUGAACAACUAUCCAACAGGCAUCCCGGCGGUGGGAAUAGUAUCGACCCUAUUUUGGGCUACGUUGACCGAUUUCAUGGGCGGCAAAAGGUACCUGGUCGGGUACUUUAUUGCCAUCACUGGAGUCGUCACCUCGGCAAUGAUUCUUACCUGCUUUGACUCCACGGCUACAGUAAUGGGCGCGUACUACUGGGCCGGCGCGGUGUACGCCUGUCAGGCCACGUUCUUUGCGUGGUGUAACGAUGCGAUGCGCUACAAGGACGAGCGGCUCCGAUCAGUGGUGAUUGCUUCCAUGAACAUGGGCAGCAACGCCGUCAACGCUUGGUGGAGUAUCCUUUUCUACUCGGCUGAUAUGGCGCCGAAGUUCACGAAAGGCAUGUGGGCGAUGAUAGCGGUGUCAAUCGCAUUGGCUUUCUGGACGAUGGGAAUAACAUUCCUGACGGUGCGAGAGGAGAAGAGACAGCCUGAUCGAGACGUGCGCGUCAUAGAUCUGCAUUUGCAAGAGAAGCACGUGUCAAUGAAAGCUUAG